AUGAUUCAGAGGAAGGAGGUGAUACACUCAGUCCUAGGACAGCUGCAGGAUGCCACAGAGAGCUCCGGCCUGCACGCCCUCACCAGGGUGGCUCUGGAGGUCCACCAGGUACUGACCCCCUUCACCCUGCCUUCCUCACCCUGCCAGGAGUUCCCCGACUGGGCGGGCAUCGACGGCGUGGCCCAUAGCCUGUACCCUGCUGACGCCCCCGGAGGCCUCCUGCCUCUGGCCUGUAAGGGAGAGGGGAACCUGUUGUUUGAUACAGCCAGCAUGCUGCUAGUGGGGACGACUCGUCUCAGUCUGGAGCUACAGGUACGUACGGUGGUGGAGAUGCUGCUGUGGAAGAGAUACUACCUGGGCGGUAUGAUCGACUCGAAGGUGAUGCUGCAGGCGGCCAGGUUCAGCCUGUGUGCCGAGGAGUCCCAGGACAUGCUCAACCUCCCCCUUUCAGUCCUCGAAGCUAUCUUCGACGCCGACGUCAAAGCCUCCUGCUUCCCCGGCUCCUACGCCAACAUGUGGCACCUCUAUGCCCUUUCCUCCGUCCUCCAGUGCAGCAUCUAUUCUGUCUACCCCAUGUACAACCUCAAGAUACGACCCUACUUCAACCGCCUGAUAAGACCCAGGUCCUACCCCAAAGACGUGGAUCCUAUCACCUUGCACAUCAUGUGGUCCGGAGAGCUGGAGGUGUGCUCCUCCAGGUUCAGACCUACAGUCUUUGUAGCGUUAGUCCAUUCUAGUGACCUCCGGAUGGGCAGUCCUAACGACGAGCAGAGGGUCUCCCCUCUGAAGACACAGGAGCUUCUCAACCAGGACUCUCUCCUGUCCUACUCCAGUCUGAAGGACAAGUACAACGUCACCAAGAGUACGUUCUAUCGCUGGAGACGGCAGACGCAGGAGCACCGUUUAAGAUCUGCUGCCAGGUACGAGGCCAAACACUUCCUCCAAGCGUGCUACCUGGAAGGGAAGCUCAUCCCUCUGCAUCAGUUCAAAGAGUUCUUCCCUGAGAUCUCCAGAUCCACCUACUAUGCAUGGAAGCACGAGCUGAUCUCAUCCGGCGGUAAUUUCUCCACGUUCUCCACGAGCGAGGUGAGUCCAGGGGACAGCACGGAGCAGGAGUCCUGGUCCUCUCCAGAGUCCAAGCUCGGGCAGGAGGAAGACCAUGAGGUAGAGCCAGACGCAGAGCAUAUCGACAGCGUGGCCAGUCUGUUCGGCCUGAACUACAACGAUGAUAAGAUGGAUGGAGAACGGGCCCAAAACAUGGCUCUGAUGCAGGAGGCCAAGAAGGUUCUUCAGAACUGCAUCGCUAGGAAUACAUCGUUCCCCUUUCGCAUCUUCAAGAGGAGCUUCCCAGGGAUCUCCAGGUCUACUUAUUACAACUGGAGGAGAGAGGCCAUGCUGUUUAACCGAGGCUACAAGGUCGGAAGCAGUGAAAACAGCUUGGACACGGAUAAGAGUAGUCCAACUGGUGGUCUGUCCCCUAUCGGGGGGACUGAGAGCGGUGGUCAUGCUGCCACGGUCUUCCCCAGAGUUAAGAUCUGUAGAAACAACCAUAAAGGGUUCAGGAUGGUGUUCCUACGCAGGAAGAAGCUGAGAGAAGCUGCCAAGAUGAAGGUGUGGAGGUCAAAAUGGCCUCUGUCUAGGUUCAGAGUGAAAUACCCCUCCCUGUCCCUCUGUUUCUAUUGGCUGUGGCGUAACGUCCCCAGUGGAACCAGGAAGGAGGAAACCAACACCCCGUCUCUAGAGGAGGACCGUUCUGUGAUGAUUAGGGAGAACAACAACGCAGUGAAAGGGAAUGGGAUGAUGAUGAUGGCAGAGAGUGACAUAAAGACAAAAGCUCCAAUGCAGGACGUGUUCUCCUUUGAGGGGGACCCGACAGAGGAUCUGAGAGCCCCCGUCACCAUGACCUCUGUGACAUCCCCCUCCCCCCUCCCCAACCCAACCAAUAUGUCCGCCACCACAGACGACCAGAUGUUUGUGAUGGAUUUGGUGGCCCUGGCUAACUUCAAGGCCAAGGCCAAAGUCUUCCUGCAGCAACGCUUUGAGGAGAAGUCCUUCCCCACCUUCAAAGAGUUCAGGUCCUUCUUCCCCCUGACUCCCCGUUCCACCUACUAUAUGUGGAAGAGAGCCCUGCAUCACGGAGUGCCACUGGUACAUGGCUGA